AUGUCAGGCUUCACCGAUGUCAAGAUGUUCGCUGUGAGCGCAACAGUGCUUUAUCUCAAGUUCCUAGCCUGCACUAUGAUCCAAGGUCGCAAGGCCUUCGCUGCCGGCACGCGUAUGCCUGAAGACAGCCAGCUACCGCAGGCCAAGAACGCCCCGAAGCAGGGAUUCGCAGACCUCACCGACGACGCUAUCCGGACUGCCGCGGAGGAAGAAAUGCGCUGGAAACGGAUCAUCCAGAACGACCUCGAGUCCAUGCCCAUGGCCUACGUCGUAUUCUGGAGCGCGAUCUGCAUGGGCGUGACCGGUGGCAUCACCAAGACGUUGAUCUUUGUCUACACCGUAGCGCGCGUCGGCCACACCAUCGUGUACGCCCAGAGCUUGCCUCGCGCGCGAAUGAUCUGCUGGAUGGUAGGCAUGGGUUGUGUUGUUAUCGCUGCAGUGAGCAGCGUCCUAGCCGCCGUGUUUUAA